CUGGAAACAAAGCGCAGAGCACAUCCCGAUAUCCUGCACCCCACAUUUCGCCCCAUUCCCUUCUCGGACAUUCUUCUGUCAACAUCCUUUUCAUGAAGUGUCGGAUUUCUUUGUGCUGAUCGUAGCAACCCAACCUUUACCGUGUUAUUCUGCCAGGGAAACGUCUCCAAAAUGUAGCAACAACGGUGAAGUUUGUGUUGGCAGUGUACCGCUUUUGGGCAAGGAAGCAGUAGCAGUUUUAGGAUGGAUUUUCUUUCGACUGUGGCCAAUAUUUUCGAUGGCGACUGUACGGUGGCCAUCGAUGGGAAGAAAGACUGCACCCGGGAGCGCCAGUUCGUGCUGUCAGAGUUUAUUGCCGAAAUUGGAAUGUGGCUCGAUGAGAAGCUUAAUGAUCAUCCGUUCGAUCCACACCCAUCGUACGAACCAGCCGAAGGAAGACUUGGCCCCAGGCGGACCGUUUUCGACGUGACAGACGACGGAUCGAUACUGGUUUCGAAGGAUAAGCUGACGCUCCAAUCGCAGAAUGCUUUUUCCACGGUUAAAGCGAACUGUUGCGUUUACAGCGGCCGUUGGAUGUAUGAGGUUCAGCUACGUUCCAAGGGCGUCAUGCAGAUCGGUUGGUGCUCGGCCCACUGCAAAUUUACGCAGGACACCGGUGUUGGAGACACGCGGUACAGUUACGGUUUGGACGGUAGCAAGCAACGGAUCUGGCACGUGUAUACACAAAAGUAUGGUCCAUUCUGGCGCUCGGGCGAUAUAUUUGGUGUAUGUGUGGAUAUGGAUGCUGGCCGCAUUGAAUAUUAUCGUAACGGCGCUCCGCUGGGAGAAGCUUUCAAGGACAUUGAACGUGGACCCGGUCUAGCGCUAUACCCGGCAGUUUCGUUAGCAUUUAACGAUAGUCUUACUGCAAACUUUGGUGGGUCUCCGUUCAAGCAUCCGGUAGACCGAUACAAACCACUCCAGGAGACACCGGAUGUAGCACUGUACCAGGCGGACUGUUUGUUAAAGUACCUCGUCAAUCUUUCCGGUGCCAUUUCGCAACAUGCGAGAGUUUCCAACGGUGGUCAAAAAGUGUCGACCUUGCUAGGUGGAGGAGUAGUAACACCGGAAUCGAUGUACAUGUUGCUUGCUGCUUGUCUAAUCGAAAGGAUCGCACCAUUGUUGGGCAACUCGUACGUAGUGGAAGAUAAGGUGUUUAGCUAUAUCCGUGGAAUGUGUGUGUUGCGCAGUAACAGCCACGGGGGAAAGAACGAAGCGCCUACACAGCCGGGAGCACCGGAAAGCACGCUCGGAACGUUUCUCACCCUGCUGUGGACGUACUUGGAACAGGAAGAGAUGAAGCUGUUCCUGAAGAAAUUGCUCAACUAUCUUGCCAACACGUACAAGGAAACACCCGUCGACUUGGAGUAUGAAAAGCAGCGCAAAAUCAUCGUCAUACUGACGUGUGUCUGUAACCAUCCAGGCACUCGGAAGUACCUACUCGAGUACAAGUUUUUCAAGAAGAACUGUCUGCCACUGUUUCUCUACACGAAACCACCGGACGAGUCGACGCUGGAGCAGUUACUGCCAGAUGAUCACAUCUGGACGGAAGGAUUGGGAGGCUCCAAGGAAACGUACCUGUCUGCCUGUGAACGACUAAAAGCGCACACAUCCGUGCUUUACACGCUGCAGAAAAACCUUAUCCACAUUCUGAUGAACAAUACCGAUGGAAAAGAAACGAAUUCCCCAAGCAGCAGAAGAAUAUUCGUGGCAAAGGUGCGAAAGUUCGUUAUGGAAAAUAAUGUCGAGUUACGGGGUUUGUAUUCCUCAACCACGCAACCUGCGAUAGGACUAUCAUUUCUUUGCACUCUGCUGGAUGUGGCCAAAACGCUCUGGGAGGACGAGUGUGACCAUGGAGCUUUGCCUGGGAAAGCUGGACCACCAACGAUUGAGUGUCGAUUCUUCUACGACGGAACGUUCAAAUAUUCGAACCUUGAUCGUAUCGGCGGUGUACUUUCCUAUCUACGUAAGCACUUCCGAUCGCAACUGAUCGAGGCGUUAGGUCCUGAUCAUCCGAGUGUGGUUUCGGUGGAUCAACCAAGCGAUUUGCGAAGUGAAAUUGCCGCGUUCAAUGUGUUUCUCGAUUCGGCCAUGUUUCUCGUCUCCGGAGGUCCCUCCACUGCCUACUCUCUAGUUUCCCGAGCGGCUAACAGCAUCCCGGACCGGCAUCAACAAUCUACCCAAAACUCGAUGAACGGAUUGGAUGAUGGUGCCAGCUCGACUGCACCUGGGCAGCCAUCGCCAAAAUGUACGGCAGGUGCUAUAGGCUGUGGACCCUUGGAUCCUUUCCGUGCCGUCUGUGAGCUGCUCGAUUGUUGCGUGAUAUUCUACAAUGCCGUAGCACACAAGUACGUAGUCAUGAUAGCGGAUCUGCGGGAUAACAUAACGCAUCUUUCGGAUAUUCUGCUCGAAACGAAGAGCAAUUGUGACGAAGUGAUGCACAACCUUGAGGAACUGAAACGAUGCACGAUCGGCGGCUCAAGUUGUUCCAGCCAGGGACAGAAAUCGCACGAAGAGCUUCUGAACGAGCUGGAGGCACGCUUUGGACAACGGAAAAGUAUUUUUGCGAAACGAUCAAUGGAGCUAGCUCGAAAACAAGCCUGGUACCGUUCCGUAGCACUCGGGACACACAGGCGACGACUACUGUGCUGGUUGCUGGGAAUAAUCUUUGAAACUUUGCACACCUUCAGCUCCGAAGAGAUUUUGUUUGCGUUUCUGCCAGAAACGUACAUUAACGUUACGCCCAUCCUGCUCGACACGGUGCUCGAUUUUAGCUUUCAUGACACUGCCAUUCAACACGAUUUGUCCUGCGAUACCGAACUGAUCCGCUCGUCGGCCAACUUUCUUGCCAAACAUCUAGCCGACCCGCGGGUUAUUCUUGCCUCUUGCAAGGACGCUUUGAUUCAGGCGCUCGGUUCACUAACGUGUCACGAGGCCGGUAUCCGUGCGCUAGAAAGUGCAACGGCGGAAAAUCAACACGCCCUCGUGCGGGCACUGCUGCGUCCGUACGAAAACCGGGCCUGGGGACAGAGCAAUUGGUUACUGCUGAGAUUUUGGCUUGGUGAUGGGUUCGCUUAUCGCGAAUCACGUCCACCGUGCGUCUGGCAGGCAGGGAAAGAUCCGGUUGCCGCACAACGAUCGCUAGGAUUGUACCGAAGCCGGGCAAAAAACGGGUCACACACGGGCCUGCUACAUCUGAUCGCACCGGCCUGUCCGUCGAAACAUUUCCAGCGCCUGAUCAGUGAAACGCUCAGCAAAGAUGAACCGUACUGUACAACGUUUUUAAAUUCCGUUUUGUCUCAGUUAAAUUGGGCGUUUUCCGAGUUCAUUCACAUCCUUCAAGAUAUUCAAAACAUAUCGCAACGUGACGAGCAGCUGGUGAUUGAAACGAAACAACUCAAAAUUUGUUCCAUGUGCUUCGAACUGACGGUGUCGCUUAUGCGUGCGCUAGAAAUGAUCGUAACGAUCACGCCCAGCUUGCUGCAAGACGCAACAAGAGCAAACAGCGAAAUUAUCCUUAGCCGUAUCUGCCAGUUAGCGAUUCAAGUACUUUCACGUGUGACCGUCCCGCCCGGUUGUUUCCAGCACGUGAUGGACCUAUGUUUGCCCGAUCUAAGCAACGUGACGCAUUUUGCGAUUAUCAGUGCUGCGAUCGGGAUGUUGUUGGCAUUGAUGCGCCACGAACUUGGCAGCUCUACGGAAUGCAUCACUAAAAUACCGCGCAUUUCCAAGUAUCUACUCACGGACACUAGUUUCCAUAUUGCCAGUCUGGAGUAUGCAUUGGGUGAGGUGAAGACACCAAUCACGAACAGUAAUGGCGAAGCACCGAGAGGAAACUUCGAUCCAAAGAUGCGUGCACACAUCGACCCACUCACCAACGAGGUUCGAGUGCCUUCGCCCUUCCGAAAGGCUGGCAGCGGUGGUGGUUCAGUCGGCAUGAAGGAAAUCAUUCCUGAUCCACCCAUCAUCAAGUUCAAUAUGGCCGACUAUCCCAGUCACGUUCUAUCGGAAGAAGUCGGAAAGAUUGCAAGGCUGAUUGAAAUUUUGCAAUUGCGUCAAACGCUGCUCUCGGAAAUAACCAUCCUAUCGGAGGAUUCUCUGUGCCCGAUAUGCUACGCCAAAUCCAAUUCGGCUGCAUUCGACCCGUGUCAGCAUCAAUCUUGCGAGACAUGCAUUAUGCAGCAUCUAAUGAACAGCAAGCAGUGCUUUUACUGCAAAAUUCUCAUCACACGCGUUACACGCCAGGAUGGGGCAGUCAUUUACGAGGCUUGUAAUACGCCUCCGGCACCAGGCCCCCCAGCUAUACCGCGAAUGGAAGUUUCUCCCAUGGUGUUCACAUCUUCCACUCCGAUGACAUCGACGGAAGCAUCUUCUGUAGCGGACGAAGAACCGUUACCGACGCCGCAUGAUGACACAUCGGUCAGUGCUAUUGAUGACUUUGAUGGACCGCGAAACAGUGCAACAUAAUUCUCACAUAAAUUAUAUGGAGCGAAAGCAUGUGUGUAUUGCUCCGCUACACACAAUUACGCUGUGGCCGUUUAAUGGGUUUGCAGCGCCUGAACAUAUAAAAUGCCUAUUUCAAGACAGCUUUUCAGAUUUUACAAGGUGCUUUUUCAAUCAAAUUCACCAACCGCUUAGGUUGAGGAUGUAGAAAAUGGACUUCAUACUGCCAGGCAUGUUCACCCAUUGCAAUCCCCAAGUUUGAAUGACAAAGAACGAGCGUAGAGAGCAAUAUACGCAUGCCGAACGUAAACGCAUUAUCCCUCAUAUUGUCUGUUUGUAUGUAUGCUUUUUGCGCGUGAAGAAGGUUCACUUACAUUAACCCAAAACAUUCUAGUCAAUCAAACCGUUCGUUAGGCGAAUGAUGCUUUUAUCGUGCACAGGUUGCAUGCGCAACCAUUGGCCGUAGGCUUUAAAAACGUCAACUCAUGAUCUCGUUCAUAAAAGACCAUUAUUUAACGGAGAGGAAUUACUCAUCUUGCAAUUCGAGGCGUUAGCAAUCUAUACAACAGUAGUUAGCCAAUUUUUCGAUUUAUCAGGUUCAGUAUCCUUUCUUGAUUUGUGUUAGAUACACGCAAUGUCCCUUUAGAACCACCUUACCUCAAUCUACAAUUUUUGCUCAGCUCAAAUACGUAAUCCCGGUUUUGGUAAGCUUUAUACAGGAAACGCACACGUAUCCGAUCCUUACUAUCAGCUCUCUCAAGCACGGAUAGAAUCGGCUUUAAGCUUCUUGAUAUGAUAGCUGCAACACAACAGCGACCAGGUGUGUUCCUCAAAUAAAUCGAAUGAAUUUUA